UCAUACGCCAGUUGUCAGCAGUUGCUCUGCUUCCUCAGGCGACAGAUCGGCGAGGGCCUUGCGCAGGCCCUCUGCAUCUGAUUUGGCGAUCGCCUCUGUGAUAAUGUCUCUGAGGCCUUCUGUCGGGUCCCACCCGUCGAUCUCCUCCCCAAUCUCCUCCUCCUCCUCCUCAACAUCGUCGUCGUCGUCCUCCCCAUGUUCCUCUUCAUCUCCAUCAUGUUCGGCUGCUGGGGCACCCACCAAGGGAACCUGCAGACGAAACACAGACGUCCAAGAGACCUCUCAGAGUGUGUGGUCGUGCCGCUGUCAGCAUCACAGCAACAGACCUGAUGGAGGCGUCUCCGUUCCUUGGCGAUGUCAUCGGUGACGUCCGGCAGCUGGGGCUCCAUCAGCCCCUGUCCAUCGUCCUGCAGCAGAGGGAUCUGAUCACCCGAGGCCGACGCUGACAUCUGCAAUGGAUUGACGGAAAGAGGGACACAGGCAUCAGGGGCCGAUGGCCACACACGCAGAGAUGCACUAGAAGCAUUGCAAGGUGACCUUGGGAUGGCCCGUCUGUGUGCGGUGGAUGGCCUGCUGUGCGGCAGCGUCGGCCUCGUCAAAUCUUGGCAGCUGGAUGUAGCACUCCUUGUCAACACGACUGGGGCAGCCGUGGUGAUCUCUCCCUCUGCCGCCCUCCUGGCCAUGCAGACGGGGGGUGCGCUGGCCGUGCAGGAAGUCCCACAUUCUUCUCGC